AUGAGUCACAGCAGCGGCCCCCCCGCCGCAGCCGCCAAAAUGCUCGAGAUUGACAGCUCGCAGCCCGUCUUUCCCGAAGACCGUCUGGCCACCACUCCGGAGCGCCGCGUGCAUCAUUCGCAGCCCAUGCCUAAACGCGCUCGUCGUGGCGCUUCCGCGGCUGUUCAACUCCAGCUCGACACCUCCAACAACACGUCCACCCAGCCGCAGGAUGACAGCGACAUCGAGGAUGCCGAUACCCACCCUGACUCACCCCUGUUGGGCCCGGGCGCCCCCCUCUUUGAACAAACCAUCAGCUUGCUCCAGGCCCUUCGCACCUCGGACCAAGGCCUCCUCCAGCCCAAUGACAACUACCCCGCCCCCGUCGCUGACGCCCUCCAAGAAUUGGGUCUCAUUCGUCGCCGAACCCGCAACGAUGAAGUACUGGAAUGGGUCCCCGAUGCCACCUCUCCCGAAGGCCAGCGCGUGCAGGAAAACCGCGAGGAUGAACUCAAGUCCUUGGACGAUCAGAUUGAAAGGCUCAAACUGCUGCAUUCCACCUCGGCAGCCAGCAUGCGUCAACUUCUCAGCAAACGACAAUCCUUGGCCCAUGUUGCCAAAAGUGACAUGGCUACUCUGGCCACUGUUCGUGAUCGCACCGUCUUUAUCGUUCAAGCUCCACCGGGAAGCACAAUGACGGUCCCGACUCCCAACCCAUCGACCAGCCAGUUUACACUCCAGAUCCAAGGCCCCGGACAGGUGGCCGUGUCGCUGUUGAGCCAAACGCAACCUUCCCUCAGUGAUCUCCACGCCGCAGACCCGGACCUCGUCACCAAUCCCCUGAGUUUUAUGGCACCAAGCUUGGACCAAGCUUGCAGCUCCACCAAUGUCGUGCGGUCUCACAGCCCAAGUUCGCAGCUUGCGGCCAGCUCGACCACUGCCUCGACAGUCGACUCGCGAAGUCAAGCGGCCCGGAAACGCCCCAAACCGCGACCCAGCACUCUCCGCUCUGUACCCGAUCGGAUACUGGCUGCCACCCCGCUCGAGUCGCCACUGCGCGACCCUCUGCGGUCCAAUCGCCUGAGCAUGGAUCCAUCCUAUCAUGAGCAAGACGAGCCCAUGCUCUUGUCUCUCAUGCUACCCCCGUCCACCGCCAGUGCCGUGCCCGAAUUUGCCGACUCGUUACAUCAUGAGUAUCGUCUCACCGACCCGUGCAUCUCACUCCUGGACACGUUUGCCGAUGAGGAUGACGAUUUCGCCGAGGAUUCCGCGGCUCUUGGCAACGACGUGCCUCGCUCUGCCUGA